CCCUGUGGUACUCCCCAUCUAAUCACUUCAGAGCUGGACGUCUUACCGUCAAUGAGUACUCGUUGUUCCCUUCCCUCCAGGUAAGAGGCAAGCCAUGUUUUUACAGCACCGGUGAUGCCAAAGGAGGCUGAGAGCCUCUUCAGCAAGAUGCUGUGAUCAACAGUGUCAAAAGCUGAAUUUAGAUCAAGGAGAACCAGCAUUGCUUCAUUGCCGUCAUCAAUGAUUUUCAAUAGGUCAUCUUGCACUCUUGUCAGAGCUGUUUCAACACUAAAUGAUGCUGACAUACAACUCGUUCGAUGAUCUUGCCGAGGUAGGGAAGAUUUGAGAUAGGCCGAUAGUUUCGAAGACAAUCAGGAUCAAGGCUAGGUUUCUUAAGAGUUGGUAUAAUCAAAGAAGACUUGAGAGCUUCAGGAAAGACUCCUGACUGCAGAGACUGAUUUGUAAUGUCUGUAAUGGCUGGUAGAAGUUCCUCCAUGCAUUGUCUAAAGACUUGUGCUGGUAUCGGAUCAGACAUACAUGAUUUUACUUUAGAAGAUUUGAUGAUCUUCAAGACGUCCUCUUGACUGACAGGUUUAAAGUUCUCGAGCCGACAGUCCAUCUGGAUAUCAUUCUCCACAUGAGUAUUCCGGGAUGUCAUUUCCAAUGUAGCUCGAAGGUUGCCUAUUUUGCUGGUGAAAUAACUCAGAAACUCACGUGCUAUAUCAGUUUCAGGAGGUAUGCUGGUAGGGUUUGAGCAGGCCUUUCAGUAGUAAGACUCUUCACAACAUGAAAGAGCUGUUUGGAGUCGGAGGUCCUUAUCAGCUCUCGGUGAUGUUCUUGUUUCGUCCUCUUUAAAAGGUAGUUAUAUUCUGUUACUACCUUUUUCAUGUUCUCAUUAUCCUGCGUUGAUCUGGGAUUGGACUUUCUCCACCUCCUCUACAGCCGACGAACAUUCCGUUUGGAUGUCCGAAGAGCGUUGUCGUACCAUGGUGCAUGUGGUCUUAAUUGCACCUCCUUGAAGGAAAAGUUUGGGAUGGCGGUCAAAGUAGAAAGGGCCCAUAGAGAUGGGAAAAGCGUCCAGGACCGGUCACGGCAUAUUAUGUUCAAGACCUUGUCCUAUCGCGACAAGAUUGACGUCAUGAGAAACCAGCGCCUGAAACUCGCCAAGGAAUCAUAUUACAUGACGGAUGAUCUCACACGCGAAGAUUUAACAGAGAAGAGGAAAUGGUCAAAGGCCGCACAAGACUUGUAUAAGAACAAUGUCAAACUUCGUUUCUUCGCCGGCAAGUGGCGAAGCACAGGUGGUGCUCCGUAUGACUUCACAACCUUGGAAUAGACACUUUAUUUCUCCCAAGCAUACUGAGCGUCCUUCUACCCGUAGUGAUAACUGAAGCGGUGCUCCUGUGUAUCUGUUACAACUACAUGUCAGCUGAAAGAUCAUGCGAUACGCAUUCUGAAAACCCAAUCUACUCCCAUUUGACAAAAGAUUCAGUAUUUCUGACAAAUGUCGGCAGUACGCAAACUUUUCCUGAUAAAAUGAAUUUCAAUCAAACCGACAAAGAUCAGUUGAGAAGAAAGUCACCCGAAUUUGGUCCUCUUCGGCCUCUGAAUGUAGUCCCGAUGGAAGUAGAGCCACAUUACACUGUGUCCUAUCAGAGGGACGUUCCGAUCAAUUACACGGAUCUGUUCUCGACAGACAGUGAAGGGAACUGUAGAGCAAGCUUCUGUAAGUGGCCUAAGAUGCCGGGUGCAACAAGGGAACUAGUAGCAUCUGCUCCUGAGCUCUUUGAAAAGAUUCCCUUACGCUUCCUGGACAAUUUCAAGAAUCCUUGCUGGUUGAGAGGGGAGACGGAACUAAAUUGUCUACCUUACUUCUAUAUCCUUGGCAAUUACAAGUGUGGGACGACAGACAUGUGGGACAAGAUCACCGCUCACCCUGACGUCUUCGCAAAGGUAGCCAAAGAACCCCACUGGUGGGGACCUAGAAGAAAUGGAUAUACAGCCAUACCCAUAAAUCGACCUGAAGUACUCCAAGCCCGCAGUCACACUGGUGGCACGGACGAUAGUUCUCUGGAAUGGUACCUUAAUUUAUAUAAAGCAUCAGUUGUACCAGAAAUAAUAAAUAGCAGGAUUACUACCAAAGAAGGGAUUGGUUACCACCCAAAGGUGUUUGGUGAUGCUUCUAUAUCAACUGUUUACGCCAUUGGACGAGAAUGGAUAAAGACUUUUCCGUAUGCUGCGGAACCCCCCUACACCAACGCUGAUCUUAUGCACGCUCUUCAACCCAACGCAAAGUUUAUUCUAAUGAUACGCAACCCAACAAGGAGAGCCGACUCGUUCUUCUGGUAUCUACACCGCCCAGGUCAGCCAGGUGACGCGGACAGAUGGCACCAAAAAGCUACCACUUACAUCCAGUGUUUCAAAAAAUGCGUUCAAGACUACAAUCUAAGGUUCUGCGCAUAUGCUGCAGAAUGUCCCUACGACCUAAUCCCAGACCUGCAAGUGGGUAUAUAUCACGUGUUCAUCCGUGAUUGGUUGAAAGUCUUCCCACGUGAUAAUUUCAAGGUGAUACGAUUGGAGGAUUGGGAAGCCGAACCUGUCACAGUCUACAGAGAUCUUCUCAACUUUCUCGAUCUAAGACAACUGAGUGUGGAUGAGGAGAAUAGAAUACUGAAAAGGAGACGCAGUAAUCAGAACCAAAGACAACAUGAACAGACACAUCCAGAGACAUUGAACGCCCUCAAUGAUUUUCAUCGACCGUUUAACGUGGAACUUGCCAAACUCAUGGGAGACGAUAAAUUCAAUUAUCCUGAUUACAAAGGUUCAAGCGUGUAACCGUGUAAACACUCAACAGUACCAUGAAUACCUGCCAGUGUCAUGGUUAAAGGGCCACUCUAACCAAAACGGGCUAAAAAUGAAGAGAAAAAAAGAUAUGUAGAA